UAUUCUAUCGCCAUUUUGCGACCCCCUUUUCGUUCCUUCAUAUUACCGCUACUCGCUUCGUCUUUCGACGAAUCCCCAAAUUAUAGCGUAGAGUUUUUCUUCUGAAUUUGUUUGUUGUUGCUGUAAAUCUUGCGGUGAAUCCGAUAGGAGAUAUGGCUCAGAGGACCGAGAAGGAGGAGACGGAGUUGAAGGUGCCGGAGACCAUCACCUUGUGCGUCAACAACUGCGGAUUCACCGGUAAUCCGACCACCAAUAACAUGUGCCAGAAGUGCUUUAACGCCACGACGGCGACGGCGACAGCGACGGCGACAGCAACAACGACGACGACGACGUCCUCUUCGAAUACUGGAAUAUCGGCGCCUCGAAAGUUGUCAGGGGUGAAAAGUUCGAGAUCUAGAUCCCGAUCGCCUGUGCUAAUGGAUUCCGUUCGCGAUAGUAGCAGGAAUAUGUCCUUGGAUCGGUUGAAAUCUGAAGAAUCUGCCAAGCGCCAGGUGAAUCGAUGCUCCGGAUGCAGAAAGAGAGUCGGAUUGACCGGAUUCCGGUGCCGAUGCGGAGAGCUGUUUUGCGCUGAGCACCGGUACUCCGAUCGCCAUGACUGCAGCUUCGAUUACAAGGCCGCCGGUCGCGACGUGAUUGCAAGGGAAAAUCCAGUCGUCAAAGCACCGAAGAUCGUUAGAGUCUAAUAUGUAUAAAAAGGCCAAAAAAAAAAAAAAAAAAGACGGAACAAUCAUAUUUGAUCUGAUAUGUGAAAUUUAAGAUCGUGGACUCGCAAGAGUAGAACAAUAUUUCUGCUGAAAUGAAGGUCACAAAUACUGGAGGCUUUCCCUUGGAGAUUGCAGAUCUUUACAGAGGAAGCGAGGAAUUUGUCGUCGAAUAUCACGAUCAUCGUGUUUGAUUGAUAAUUAUGAUUUCUCUCUUUUAUUUUUCAUUUUUCAUUUUUCGAUUUAUAUUUCUGCUGCCAUCCAUACUUCUUCUUCCUUCUCUCCUCUGGUUUCUGGAAAAAAAAAAAUAGAAGAUUAUUUGUAAGUCUCUUCAAUAUUCAAUUCGAUUUCGUGUUCAUCUUUUUUUGUU